GAGGCCGUCGGUGGAGCCGGCCGGUGGCGGCGCGAUGUUGCAGCUGCGGGACACGGUGGACUCGGCGGGCACGAGCCCCACGGCGCUGCUGGCGGCCGGCGAGGAUGCGGGCGCGGGCCGGCCGGGGGCGGGCACGCCGCUGCGCCAGACGCUGUGGCCGCUGAACGUCCACGACCCUACACGCCGGGCCCGCGUCAAGGAGUACUUCGUGUUCCGCCCCGGCACCAUCGAGCAGGCGGUGGAGGAGAUCCGCGCCGUGGUACGGCCCGUGGAGGACGGCGAGAUCCAGGGGGUGUGGCUGCUGACCGAGGUGGACCACUGGAACAACGAGAAGGAGCGGCUGGUGCUGGUCACCGACCAGUCGCUGCUCAUCUGCAAAUAUGACUUCAUCAGCCUUCAGUGCCAGCAGGUGGUCAGGGUGGCGCUCAGCGCGGUAGACACCAUCUCCUGUGGAGAAUUCCAGUUUCCUCCGAAGUCGCUCAACAAGCGAGAAGGCUUUGGGGUUCGCAUUCAGUGGGACAAGCAGAGUCGCCCUUCUUUCAUCAACAGAUGGAACCCCUGGUCUACAAACAUGCCCUAUGCCACCUUCAUAGAACACCCGAUGGCUGGCAUGGACGAGAAGACAGCGUCUCUGUGCCAUUUGGAAAGCUUCAAGGCUCUCCUGAUCCAAGCUGUCAAGAAAGCCCAGAAGGAAAGCCCACUGCCAGGGCAGGCGAACAGCGUGCUGGUGCUGGAGCGGCCCCUCCUCAUCGAGACCUAUGUGGGGCUGAUGUCCUUCAUCAACAACGAGGCCAAGCUGGGCUACUCCAUGACCAGGGGCAAGAUAGGCUUCUAGACAACUACGCCCAGGAAACCAGGGUGGUGGGGACCCUGUGUGCCACCUCACACACCCACUGUGGCUGGAGGGACACGGGCAUGGUGGGGACCCCGUGUGCCACCUCACACACACACACUGUGGCUGGAGGGACAGGGGCACUGUCCUGUUGUGUCCUGUUAGAAUAGUCAAGUGGAUUAUUAUGUAUAUUUAGUUGGAUAUUGGACACCUUGGCAACACGAUCUUACGACUCAGCGGCCCCCAUAACCACUGUGUUCCUUCUGUAACGCCAAGUCCUCCCUCCAGCAUGCUGAGCACGGUGUCCCCGCCCACUUGUGCUGUGUAGACUGCUGAAUACAGCUGAGUGCAGUGAACGGCUCUGCACAUGCACAUGUAUUAACUCUCCCCGUCAAGUGCUGUAUUUUAAAAUUUAGACCAUUUUUUCAAAAAGCUAAAUACAACAGCAGCCAGCAGACAGGUCACUAAGAAAGACAGUCUGUCUGGCAGCUCCUAGCUCCUACCUUUUUGUGAAUAUGUUUGACUUAGAAUCACACUUUAUAAAUUAAUCCAGGUUGUGUUAAUACAGCAAUUUUCCUAGGCCCAAAAGGUUACUCUCACAACAGAAGCUAGCCCUUCCAGAAGUCAUGGUAGUGGGUUUCUAUCAUCCUGUCUCUGUUUAAAAGGGACUCAGUAGUUGGGUUUUAAAAGUGCAUGCCUAUACACAGCCGAGUGUCCUGGAGCUCACUGAGAGCACUGCUGAGCUUCGCACAGCCACACAGCUUGCCACUGUAGCUCUAGCCUCGCAAGUGCACUGUAGAUGCUGGCCUGCCACUUUAUACCUGUAGCUUUAAGUUAACCAGCAUGGAUGUGAUCAGACUGUCAUGGCCUGUCCAAGAGGAGAGGUGACCUCAGAUGCACCUGUCUUCAGCCUGUGCUUUUGUUCUAGUAAAGACAUUUAAA